UUGGCUCGCGGGGCGAGGCGGGGUGGCGGGUUCUUCGUUACUGCGGCAACGGGGGACGCAGCAGAUGCCGGCGGCGGUUGGAGGCGGCGGUACUGUCGGGUAAGAAGUAGAUAUGGAUAUGGAUAUAGAUAGUAUUUCCUCAGUCUCUUCUCUGCAGUCCCUUGCCAAGCUACUUAGUGAGGCUCAAGAAGGUGGUGAUGAUGAUGAUGACGACUAUGGGCCACACUGUUCUGCUAGCACCAUGGCUCCUGGUAAUAUUGGACCGGUAAAGAAAGAGACCACUGUUACAGGUACUUUUCAAGUGAAAUCUGAAAAUAGUAAAACUAUUUGGAGUACAGAGGAGGUCCCAGAAGGAUCAGAAUUUGAUGAUACCUGGGAUCCUAGGGAACAGCCAGAGUAUGAGAUUUUAUUCAAACAGCGGGUGGGAACAGAGGACAUCUUCUUAGGGAUGAGCAGGAAAGACCCUUCCACAGCCUGCUGUGAAGACAUGGUGAUUAAAAUCAAACUGCCAGAGACAAAGUUCUCAGACAUCACUUUAGAUAUCCAGGACAAGGUUCUUGACCUUCGAACUCCCCAAAAGAAGCUGUUGCUGCACCUCCCCCACCCUGUGAACAGCAAGAAUGGAAAAGCUCAUUUCCUCUCCGAAGAGGAGAUCUUGGAAGUCACCUUGAGGAUGACAAGGGAGUUUGACUUCAUCAAUUUUGCCUGAUGGAUAAAGAAGUGGGGAAAAUUUUCAAAAAGUGAUCCCUGCACAUUUGAAGUCUUCUCAAGAACUAACUGGUCAUCAAGUAAUAGAUUGUUCCCCUUGAACAGUCCAAGGGAAAAGUCCUCGGAAAAAUUAAAUGAGUUAGGCGGAACAAAAUAAGAUGGAAAAGAUGUAUUUAAAAUACUCAUAGAAUCUGUAAGCUGGAGCUGUGCAGCGCUUGCAGUGCUCUGGUUAACAUUCUGCUUCCUUCACUCUGAUACAGGCCCAGGAAUUAAGCAAUCUGAGAUCACAAAUUCUGUAAGCCAGGAGAAGUCUUUCUGUGGUUGUGGCUGAUAAGUAGCACAAUGAGGCUCUGGCCCAUGACUCUCUUUCUUAGUUACUAUUGCCAGAUUGCAAAUGAUAAUAUUCCUGCUUGGCCUCCUAUUAGAGAAGCUGAGAAGAAGGCCAGUUCAGAACUCACUUUUAGCUAUUCCUAGGUGAGGAACUCUAAGCUUUUCAGAGGUCCAAUUCCACAUCUGAGGCUUCUUUACGCUAGCAGAUGAAGAUACCGUGCUAUAGUUAGACUGUUGAACAGCUCGGCUCUUUUGAACAAUUUUUGCCAAUGUUUAGUUCAGUGUCAUCUGUUCACCUACUAUCCC